AUGGCCAACAAUCCGACUCUCCUGUAUUCUUGGUGGUGCACUGUAUUUUCCGCUGUCAUCAUUGGAGUCCGACUGUCGGGCCGCUAUAUUCGUAAUGAAAGACUCUUCCGCGAGGACAAGGUCAUGGCACUCAGCAUCAUCCCACUGUUUGCGCGAAUGGGAUUCGCUCACGUGGUCCUGAUCUGGGGCACCAACAAUGUCAACGUCACGAAUUUGACAGACCCUACCAUCAUCCGCCACCGCGAGAUCGGCUCUCAGAUGGUCCUCGCAGCGAGGAUUUUCUAUGCAUUAUUCAUCUGGAUGGCCAAGUUCACCGUUUCAGAGUUCCUGAAGCGCUUGACGGAACGCUUCUGGAAGAGAGGAUACGAUUGGGGACUGCGUGCCAUACGCAUCUUUCUUGUCGUUACUUUCCUCAUGGUUCUGAUUGCCACACUCGCAGAGUGCCAUCCUACUACCCAUUACUGGCAAGUUGUCCCGGAUCCGGGACCGCAAUGCCGACAGGGCUACGCGCAGCUACUCACCAUGGGCAUUUGCGACAUCGUCACCGACGUUUUCCUUAUCGCCUUUCCGAUCCCGAUCAUCGUGCGUUCGAGCAUGCCAUUAAAGCGGAAGAUCUCACUUGUCUUGCUGUUUUCCUUAUCGAUCGUUCUAAUCGUUGUCACUGGCGCUCGAAUGCCUCUGGUAAUGCAAAGAUCAGGUCUACAGCAGUUCCGCACCGUAUUCGCUUCUUCAGAAAUUCUGGCUGCCACCAUCGUUUCCAACGCCAUCGUCCUAGGCUCCUUUCUUCGCGACCGAGGUGUCAAGAAACCAAAGUUCAAAGCACCAUCUACCACAGACAGUAUGGAGCGUCGAGGAUCAACACGCCGCUUCACGGACCAGACCGGUAGCAGUGAUGAGGAUCUUGCAAGGUCACUAGGAUACCGCACAAAACCUGAACUGCUCGAUAAGUCGACAAGCCUACCGAGACCGGCUCCCGUGGCGGACCUCGACCUCCUAUCAUCGCCCAGACAACCCGGUCCUUUUACAAACAACAACUGGAAGUUCCCCGAUGAGGAAGCUGGUAUGCUUCCGUGCAACGGUCGACCAAGCAUGACAGUCGAAGACAUACGAGAUCCGAUGCCCAGUCCUCGUGCAAGGCGCGUGUCAUGGUUCGACGUUGGUGGACUACUGGAGAAUCCAGCCGUAGCUCCCUCACCCACCGACUCAGUCAUUGCGCACGACUUUGCAGCCCAGUCACAGCCACGAAGAGGGUCCAGAGCCUCAAACACGAUCAUGCCAAACGCACGCGCAUUUCUGCCUCAAGCACGACGCAACUCCCGACUUUCCCAACAGUCCGAAGACUACGAGAUGACUCAAGUCCGGCCCACCAAUCAGUUGCAGGAUCCCGGGGGCUUGCUCUCCGAAGACCGCGAGCAAGAAGAAGAAGCGUUGUCGACUCCAUCUCCACAUUCAGGCUCCUCAGCCGGUCCCCCUUCUUGCCAGACACGCUACGCGCCUAUACGACGCACAUCGACGCGCUCGACACAACAAAGCUAUGAUGUACCAUCGCUAAAAGAUCCUGGAGGCUUGCUCUCUUCUGCGCCGCCUCCCUCGUCUACACGACGCAAUCCUCCCCAACAAGGCCGCAAAGUGCCGUCCCUACAGGACGCCGGCGGCCUUCUUGGUUGA